AUGGCACCAUCAACAAUGGCAACAUCCACUAUGGCACUAUCAACAAUGGCACCAUCAACAAUGGCAACAUCCACUAUGGCAUCAUCCACAGCGAUGCUAUCGACAAUGGCCUUAUCCACUACGACAUCAUUUACGACGGUACCAUCCACAAUAGCACUAUCCACAGCAAUGCUAUCGAGAAUGGCAACAUCCACCAAGGUAUCAUCGACAAUCGGAUCAUCCACGGCGGUGCCAUCGACAAUAGCAACAUCUACCAUAGCACCAUCGACAAUGACAUCAUCCACGGCGAGAUUAUUGACAAUGGCAGCAUCCACCGCAGCACUGUGGACAAUUGCACCGUGCACCGCAGUGCCAUCGACAGUGGCAUCAUCCGUUAUGACACCAUCGACAAUUGCAUUAUCCAUGUUGGAAAUAUCAACUGCCACUUCCAUGACUUCAUUCAUCAUUGAAGGAAUCGAUUCGGAAAAUUUUACGGCAACCAAAGAUCUAUUCAUAAAUUAUCCAAGUGUGAAAUAUUGGCGUUUUGAAGUGAUUUAUUCAAUGGAUUCGAUCCAUGGCAUUGGAGCAAUUGAUUUUAUGAUCAAUUCACCACCAGAAAAUGGUACAUGUUCAAUUAGUCCUCAUAAUGGAACAACAACUACAUUAUUUACGAUCAUCUGUGAAAAUUGGAUCGAUGCCAACGGUGUCCGAGACUAUUCAUUUUACACAUGGACAACGAAUUCAUCGGCAUUUGCUAUUCUUGGAUAUACGAUUAUUCCUACUAUUCAAGUACUAUUGCCAGCCAAUGGAAACGAUAAAACAAUGAUUCAUGUCAUUGCACGUAUUCGAGAUAUGUAUGGAUGCAUGACUGAAAUCGAUCUACCUACCGUUUCUAUUGUCUUCGAUAUGGCAACAACGAACAAUUUGAUCAAUGAUGUCGUUACGAUCCCAAUAAAUUUAGUCAAUAAUACUCAACUCAACAGUAAUCCAAUAGUUAUAAUGCUUGCUGGUGGAAAUCAAAAUCGAGUUAGUCAAGUACUCAUUGCACAACUCUUGGCAUCCACGCGAUGUAAUGAACUGGCAAAUAAACUACACAAUAUAGCUUCAACAACAGACUAUGAUAAUAUCAAAUUAGUUGUUGAUUCAAUUCAUCGAUGUGCUAGCAAUACAUUCCAGGCAAUCAAUCUAGUAUUAAACGAACGUGGUAUCGUUCUUGAUAUUGAUCGAAAACGAGCUAAUAUAUUGCCAGUUGAUUAUGAUACUGAUCUUGAAUUAUCAUGGUCGAAUUUCAAACUGAUCAUUCCUCGUGAUCCGAAUCUGUCUGUUCCACCAAUGGCACUUCAGAAUAUUGCAUCGGCAUCAUCAUCCGGUAAUCUAACUAAUAAUCAACAAUUCAAUUUACAUUUCAUCAAUGCAACUUUGCCGACUUCGAAUAUAUCGAAAUCAGUUCAUUUUGAAAUGUUACCAGAUGAUCAAACUCGAGGCUAUAUGAUUAUCUAUCGAUUCGAUACGGUUCCACAACUGAAUUCGUCCAUAAAUCAAACUGAUGGUUGGUUCUUAUUCUGUCCAUCAAAUUUGAACAAUGAAGGUCUAUGGAUCACUUUCAUUGACAAUCAACAAAUGUCAAAUCAUCAAUCGGUUAUCUUCGGAGUGCGAGAAUUGAAUCAAACUGAAUUUGAUAUGUAUUGUUUCAAUGAAACAUUAAAUUUACCGCCCAUCACAGAUCAACCUUACAAUUUCACAGCUAAUUAUUCACUGCGUAUAUUCAUAUCGGGUUGCUACUAUCGCGACUCAAAUGAUCAAUGGCAAUCGGAUGGUUUAAAUGUUCAAUUCAAUCUAGUAGGUGCCGAGGACGAGACAGGUACUCGAACAUUGAUCGAUCCAAAUCGAGAAAUUUUACAACGUGGUUUUGUUGAUUCAUUCAUCAUCGCUGUGCCUUCAUCUCUUGGUGCUCUACAAUAUAUUCACAUCUGGCAUGAUAAUUCUAGUCAAGGCCGAUCUGCAUCAUGGUUUCUGAAAUAUGUCAUUGUAUGUAAUCUACAAACCAUGGAAAAGACCUAUUUUAUUUGUCAAAAUUGGUUAGCAAUUGAUAAAGAUGAUGGAAUGAUUGAACGUUACUUACCGACAGCUGGUGAACUACAAACACAUGAUAUAGCAUAUAUUUUUGCUAAGAAAGCCUAUUAUAAUAUGUCCGAUGAACAUUUGUGGUUUUCAAUCUUUAGUCGACCACCAGCCAGCCAUUUUACUCGAGUGCAACGAUGCACUUGUUGCUUUCUUCUACUCUUUACAGCUAUGCUGCUGGGAAUUCUCUAUUACGAUCAAGCUCAGCAAGCAAAAAAUACCAUAUCUGGUGGUUUUCAUCUUGGUCCAUUGUACAUCACACGAGAACAGGUAUCCACUGUCGCUGAUUAUUGGCAAUGGUUACAAAAUAGUUUUGUUUCCAAUAUUCGAGCACAACAAUGGUACAAUGGCGAUCCACCAAGGAAUUUGAAUGGUUUUAUUAACGAUAAAAACAAUCGAUUAAUUGGAUGGGUAGUAAUGCGUCAAUUGCGUGUUAGACCAGAAUAUGAUUGUCGAAUACCUGACAUGUUUCGUGGUACUGUCCGAUGGUGUUCAAGUGAUUAUAAGAUUUGGACAGCAGAUAGACGUUUGUUUCAACCGGGUUGGACAUUAAACGCGAGCAAUAUUUCCUACAGUCAAUCAAUUGAAAAUGCAUUUAAGUAUCGAUCAAGUAAUGAAAUCGAUUCUUAUAGUCACAUGACUGAUCAUGCCUUUUACGAUGGUGGAGGAUAUAUCUAUGAAUUUCGUGGUCGUUUAAAUGAUAUAAAAAAGAAUCUUACUGUUCUCCAACAACUAUCAUGGAUUGAUCGAUUGACACGUGCUAUUUUUAUUCAAUUUAGUUUGUACAAUCCAAAUGCAGAGCUCUUUACAUCGGCAAUAAUAACUGUCGAAUUUCUAGUUACCAGUGGUUUAAUUUCAAGUUCUCGUUUUGAUCCAUUUCGGUUUCACAAUAAUCUAAAAGGUUUUUCAUCCGUAUUUCAUUUGAUUUGUGCUACAAUAUAUCUUGUUCUUAUUAUCUAUUUGACUCUUACGGAGAUUCAAUCGUUGAUAAGAAAAAAACAAGCCUAUUUUCGUGUAUUUUGGUCUUAUAUUGAAUGGAGUAUCAUUGGAUGUUCAUGGGCAAGCGUUGCUCUAGUUAUAUGGCGUUAUCGAGAAAUGUCUCGUAUUGGUAUUCUCUUUCAUAAGACAAAUGGCAUGCAAUAUCUCAAUUUAGAAUUGGUGGCUUCAGUUGAUAAUUAUUUAACAUGUCUUCUCGGCUUAUGUUGUUGUCUUGCCAUGAUUAAACUUAUCGGUUUUUUUCGUUUUAAUCGACGUCUCUCAGUCUUUAAUCGUACUCUUCAAUAUGCUGCAAAAGAUCUUCUAUAUUUUUCAUUACAAUUCUCUAUUAUUGCAUUUGCUUUUAUUGCUUUAUUUUAUUUGCUCUUUACAGCUGCAGUUCAAUCAUGUUCAACUCUUCUACUUACUACUCAAAUGUUCAUUGAAGAACAUGAUGUACAAACGCAUUUGGAAUAUGAAGAGCAGGUUCAUCGAUUUUCUGAAAGAAUUGAUCAACUUCUUGCAGCUUUAGAACGAGUAGGUUCAUAUUAA